AUGUCAUCCUCUCCAAAACGAUAUUCGUUUGGAGACGAUACAGACUCAUUUGACGAUCUAGAUAACUCCCUAGACAGAGCAUUACACAGUGCCAGCAACAAUCUAUUCACAUAUUCCCAAAACACCCCUUCAAGAAAUGCAUCCUUUGGUUCCGCUGGAGCUAUCCCGCUAACAACUAUACGAUCAGACAGUCAUGAACAUGAACGCAUCGAAGAUAACGAUACCAGCAGCGACAUGUCUCCCUUGAUAGCGAAUUCGGCAUAUUCUCAUAAUCACAAUUUGUCGUUGUCAUCAUCCAGCUCGUCGCUUAAUAUGGCGGCACGAUCUAUGUCGUCUAGGUUCAAACGUGCCUUUAGGCGUUCGAUUAAUUUGUUUAACAUGGCUAAGAGAGAGUUGGAUCAAGAAAGAAGGCGAAAACUGUCAACUGUCCAGGGUAUGGAGAAUGACCACCCUGACACAGAAAGAUGCAUAUCAGCAAAGACAACUAAUGCUAGAUCUAACAAGACAUACCCUUCCAACGCCAUAUCUAAUGCCAAAUAUAACCCUAUAACAUUUAUCCCGAUUAUAUUAUACGAACAAUUCAAGUUCUUUUUCAAUUUGUAUUUUUUAAUAGUUGCUUUAUCCCAGAUAAUACCUCAGUUGAGAAUAGGAUAUCUUUCGUCAUACAUUGUUCCUUUGGCAUUUGUGUUGACUGUCACUAUGAUGAAGGAAGCUGGUGAUGAUAUUGCAAGACGUCGUCGUGACAAGGAACAGAACAACGAAUUAUACGAAGUUUUAAACAGGGGUACUUCCGAUGCCCAAUUAACAGUAGAAACUAAGUUAGUUCCGGCCAAGAAUCUCCGUGUAGGUGAUUUAGUGAGGUUGCAUAAAGAUGUGAGGAUUCCAGCAGAUAUGAUUCUUAUACAAUCGUCCGAUCAUACCGGGGAAUCCUUCAUUAAAACGGAUCAAUUGGAUGGAGAAACUGAUUGGAAGUUGAGAAUUGCCCCAAACGUCACUCAAAAAAUGACCAACGUUACAGAAAUGAUAAACACAGUUUCAUUAAUCGUAGGAAGUCCGUCUAAGUCAAUUCAUCAUUUCAAUGGGAAACUCGUCCAUCACCCACAAUCAUCGGCUGGGUCGGCUUCUCCUAAUUCACACAAUCAAUCAUUUCCUAUAACUGUUGAUCAAACCUUAUGGGCUAAUACAGUAUUAGCAUCAGGUACAGCAAUCGGGAUGGUUGUAUAUACCGGUAUCGAAACCAGACAACUGAUGAACACAACCAUGUCGGGUGUGAAAAUUGGGUUAUUGGAAUUGGAAAUCAAUAGUCUUUCGAAAAUCUUGUGUGUCGUGGUGUUUAUCCUUUCGGUUGUAUUGGUAUUAGCAAAUGGAUUCCCAUUAAAGAAAGGGUGGUAUAUUGAUAUCAUGAGAUUUUUGAUUUUGUUUUCUUCGAUUAUUCCCGUUUCCUUGAGAGUUAAUCUCGAUUUGGCCAAAUCGGUCUAUGCUUCGCAGAUUCAGAAGGACGAUGAUAUUCCAUCCACCAUUGUCAGAACAUCCACCAUUCCUGAGGAUCUUGGCCGGAUUGAAUAUUUAUUAAGUGAUAAAACCGGGACUUUAACACAAAAUGAUAUGGAAUUGAAAAAACUUCAUUUGGGAACUGUAAGUUACGCAGGUGAAACUUUAGAUAUUGUCACUGACUAUGUUUCUUCCUUGUUGGCAUACCUUGAUGCAAAUCCUGCAGGAUCAAUCCUGAAAAAGAAGAAGGAUUUAAGUUCCCGAGUAUGUGAUUUGGUCAUCACUCUAGCACUAUGCCAUAAUGUCACACCAACCUAUGAAGAAGAUACUGAUGAAUAUUCCAAUUUCACCGAAGUAACCUACCAAGCAGCAUCACCGGAUGAAAUUGCCAUUGUAAAAUUUUGUGAAUCAGUCGGAUUAAGGUUAUUCAAGAGAGAUAGGCAUUCAAUUACAUUAUUCCAUACGAAAACUAAUCAAACUUUAGAAUAUGAAAUAUUGUACAAUUUCCCCUUCAGUUCAGAAACCAAGAGAAUGGGAAUCAUCGUCAAGGAUAAACAACGAGAUGAAACCUGGUUUAUGCAAAAAGGUGCUGAUACCGUGAUGGCUACCAUUGUUAGCACCACCGAUUGGUUAGAUGAAGAAACUGGAAAUAUGGCUCGUGAAGGGUUGCGUACUUUGGUUAUUGGUAGAAAAAAAUUGCCUGACCAUUUAUACAAUGAAUUUGUUGAAAGCUAUCAGAAGGCAUCGUUGGCCAUGCAUGAUCGGGACAGUGCUAUGCAGAAGGUAAUCAGCUACUAUUUAGAGCAAGAUUUAGAAUUGCUUGGAUUGACUGGGGUCGAAGAUAAGUUGCAGCUUAACGUCAAGACCUCUAUUGAGUUAUUGCGUAAUGCUGGGAUCAAGAUUUGGAUGUUGACUGGUGAUAAAGUUGAAACCGCAAAAUGUGUAUCCAUCAGUGCCAGAUUAAUUUCUCGUGGUCAGUAUGUUCAUGAGAUUACAAAAUUGGGACAUCCCGAUAUGGCAUUGAGCCAAUUGGAAUAUUUAAGAAUCAAUACCAAUGCAUGUUUGUUAAUCGAUGGUGAAUCCCUUGGAACUUAUAUGAAAUAUUACCGAGAUGAAUUUUUUAAAGUUGUGAUUAAAUUACCGGCAGUUAUUGCCUGUAGAUGUUCGCCACAACAAAAGGCUGAUGUUGCCGUAAUGAUUAGAACUUUCACCGGGAAACGUGUUUGUUGUAUUGGUGAUGGAGGUAAUGAUGUUAGUAUGAUCCAGUGUGCUGAUGUUGGGGUUGGGAUUGUCGGUAAAGAAGGUAAGCAAGCGUCGUUAGCUGCUGAUUUCAGUAUUGAUCAGUUUUAUUACUUGUCAAAAUUGUUACUAUGGCACGGAAGAAACUCCUACAAGAGAUCGGCCAAAUUGGGACAAUUUAUUAUUCAUCGUGGUCUAUUAAUUUCGGUUGCACAAGCAGUAUACCUGAUUUCGUCCAAGUUUGAACCUUUGGCAUUAUAUCAAGGUUGGUUAAUGGUGGGAUAUUCUACAUUCUAUACAAUGGCACCAGUAUUCUCGUUGACUUUAGAUUGUGAUAUUGACGAGCAUUUGACUAAGUUAUAUCCUGAAUUAUAUCGAGAAUUAACUUUGGGAAAAUCUUUAUCCUAUAAAACAUUCUUUAUGUGGGUGUUUAUUUCAUUGUUUCAAGGAUCAGUAAUUCAAUUAUUUUCACAACAAUUCCAUUCAUUGGCAGAUUCCAAAUUCACAAUAAUGGUUGCUUUAUCAUUUUCGUGUUUAAUCUACAACGAGUUGAUUAUGGUGGCAAUCUCGAUUUAUAAGUGGAACAGGGUCAUGGCAGCCACUAUUAUAAUCACGCUCUUAAUCUAUAUUGGCUCCAUUCCUUUCUUGACUGAUUAUUUUGACUUGAAGUAUGUGUGGUCUAUUUCUUAUCUUUGGCAAGUAUCUUUGAUAUUGGUGGUUAGUUUAUUCCCAGUUUGGUUGGUGCAGUAUCUUAAUAGAAAGUUGAGACCUCCUAGUUAUGCCAAGGUCCAACAAGAUUAA